UCCUUGUAUGCGCUGAUGCCACAUACAAGGGAGAUGCAGUUUGCUAAGGAAAUGUCAGAGACUUUGAGUGAGACUAAAUACAAGGAGGCGGGGAAGAAGGAGGCUUCCAGUUCUCUGUACUCUCAGCUGCCAGAGACCCUGGAGACCCAACACGCCAAGGAGGCCUCCCAGUUACUGAGUGAGAAAAAGUAUAAGGAAGACGGGAAAAAGGAGGCCUCGUCUUCUCUUUAUUCCCUGCUCCCCGAAACGACAGAGAUCCAGUUUGCCAGAGAGCUGACAGAGAUCCAGAGUGAGAACAAGUACAAAGAACGUGGUAAACAAAAUAUUGCCUCGAGUAUUUAUGCUCAACUCCCAGAGACCACAGAGACCCAGUUUGUGAAAGCCAUGUCAGAACUCCAGAGUGAGACUAAAUACAAGGAGGCAGGGAAGAAGCAGGUGUCCAGUUCUUUGUACUCCCAGCUACCUGAAACCCUGGAGACCGAACAUGCUAAGGAGGCCUCCCAGUUACAGAGUGAUGUGAAAUAUAAGGAAAAGGUGAAGACGGAUAAUACCAGGUCCCUCUACUCUCAACUUCAGGAAACAGCUGAGAUUCAGUUUUCCAAAGAGAUUUCAGAGAUCCAAAGUGAGGUCAAAUACAAAGAGGGUGGAAAGAAAGACAUUUCAACCAGUCUUUAUUCUCAGCUUCCUGAGACAUCAGAGGUCCAGUUUGCUAAAAAGAUGUCGGAAAUCCAGAGUGAGACUAGGUACAAAGAAGAUGGGAAGAAACAGGCCUCUACUUCUCUGUAUUCUGUGCUACCAGAGACCAUGGAGACUCAACACGCCAAAGAGGCCUCCCAACUGCAGAGCGAGAACAAGUACAAAGAGUCUAGCCGACAGACUCUCUCCAGUAGCCUCUAUUCCCAGCUCCCAAAGACUACAGAGAUACAGUUUGCCACAGAGAUAUCUGGCAUUCAAAGUGAGAACAGGUACAAAGAACGUGGGAAGAGGGAUAUUUCCAACAGUGUUUACUCUCAACUCCCAGAGACCACUGAGACCCAGUUUGUGAAAGCCAUGUCAGAACUCCAGAGUGAGACUAAAUACAAGGAGGCAGGGAAGAAGCAGGUGUCCAGUUCUCUGUACUCUCAGCUACCUGAAACCCUGGAGACCAAACAUGCCAAGGAGGCCUCCCAGUUACAGAGUGAUGUGAAAUAUAAGGAAAAAGUGAAGAAGGAUACUUCCAGGUCCCUCUACACUCAACUUCAGGAGACAGCUGAGAUUCAGUUUUCCAAAGAAGUUUCAGAGAUCCAAAGUGAGGUCAAAUACAAAGAGGGUGGAAAGAAAGACAUUUCAACCAGUCUUUAUUCUCAGCUUCCUGAGACAUCAGAGAUCCAGUUUGCUAAACAGAUGUCGGAAAUCCAGAGUGAGUUGAAGUACAAAGGAGAUAUCCAGAAGGAACUGUCAAAUUCCUUGUAUGCACAGAUGCCCCAUACAAGGGAGAUGCAGUUUGCUAAAGAAAUGUCACAGACAUUGAGUGAGACUAAGUACAAAGAAGAUGGGAAGAAACAGGCCUCUACUUCUCUGUAUUCUGUGCUACCAGAGACCAUGGAGACUCAACACGCCAAAGAGGCCUCCCAACUGCAGAGCGAGAACAAAUACAAAGAGUCUAGCAGACAGACUCUAUCCAGUAGCCUCUAUUCCCAGCUCCCACUGACUACAGAGAUCCAGUUUGCCACAGAGAUAUCUGGAAUGCAAAGCGAGAACAGGUACAAAGAACGUGGGAAGAGAGACAUUUCCAACAGUGUUUACUCUCAACUCCCAGAGACCACAGAGAUCCAGUUUGCCAAAGCUGUAUCUGAACUCCAAAGUGAAACCAAGUACAAGCAGCAAGGGAAAAACGGGAUGUGCACCUCUCUGUACUCUCAGCUACCGGAGACUCUGGAAACCCUACACGCCAAGGAGGCCUCCCAGUUACAGAGUGAGAUCAAGUACAAACUGGAAGGAAAAAAAGAGGUUUCUGCUUGCUUAUAUUCUCAACUUCCAGAGACCGCAGAGAUCCAGUUUGCCAAAGCAGUGUCGGAACUCCAGAGUGAGAAUAAAUACAAGCAGAAAGGUAAAGAGGAGAUUUCCAACAGCAUUUUCUCCCAACUUCCAGAGACAACUGAGACCCAGUUUGCUAAACAGAUGUCGGAAAUGCUGAGUGAGAGUAAGUACAAAGAAGCUGGGAAAAAGGAGUUUGCCAACUGUCUGUAUGCCCAGAUGACACAAACAAGUGAAACCCAGCAUGCUAAAGAGGUGUCUCAGCUUAUCAGUGAGAAAAGUUACAAAGAAGAAGGCAAGAAGAACUCUGCCACUUGCCUGUAUGCCCAGAUGCCCCAGACCAUUGAAACAGUGUUUGCCAAAGAAGUGGGAAAGCACCAGAGUGAUAAAUUGUACAAAGAGAAGUACAACGCAGAAAAAGGGAAGUCGAGCUACACAAACAUGAAGACCCUACCUGAUGUCGCCCACGCCAUGGAAGUCAACAAGCAACAGAGCAAUGCACUUCACACACUUCUCAUAGCUUUGCCUGAAUCCUGGCACCGCUUUUUCGCACUGUCUCUCCUGCAGGUUGCCUAUAGAAAGGGGAGGCAGGACCUUCACAAGUUCACCGAGGUGGCAGACAGACUGGACAUCCUUAACGCCACACAGUCUGGCAAGUUAGUCAGUGAUGUUGCCUAUAAGAGUAAAGCCAAAACUGACAUCUACAAUGAGCAGUCUGUCCUGGAGCGGUCAGAUAUUGAGCAUGCCAAAGAAGCCUCCAAAUUGGCUAGCCAGGUGAAGUACAAGGAGAAGUUUGAGGACCAGAAAGGGCAGAAGCCACAGUACAACCCUGGGGAGUGUGUGUCCUUCAAACACACACAGGCUGCCUCUGCCCUUGCCAGCCAGGUGAAGUACAAGAGUGACCUACAGCAGAUACACGAGCCGUCCACCGACCUGCCAAAUCUGUUGCACCUGGAGCAUGCAAUGCAAGCCAGCAAGCUGCAGAGCAAUCUGGAAUACAGGAAGAAGUAUGAGCAGUCUAAAGGCCAGUACCACUUUGCCUUGGACACCGCCGAACAGCUCCACCACAGGGAGAACGCGGUACUGCACAGCCAGGUGAAAUACAAAGAGAAGUAUGAGAAGUCCAAAGGAAAGUCACAGCUAGAGUUCAUGGACACUCAGUCCUACAAAGUGUCCAAAGAGGCUCAGAAAAUGCAAAGUGAGAGGGAAUACCGAAAGGAGUAUGAUGACAACAUCCGGGGAAAGGCUCUGAUAGAGGUGGAUAUGACCCCUGGAUACUUGAAUGCUCGCCAUGCUAGCAACCUCCUGAACGAGAAAGAGUACAGGAAGGACUUGGAGCUAGAGGUUAAGGGGAAAGGGUUGUCCGGAUUGGAGGAGACACCAGACCUGAUCCGAGUGAAGAACGCUGGUCAGAUCCUUAAUGAGAAGGAGUACCGGAAGGAUCUUGAGACGGAGAUCCGAGGGAAGGGUAUGGAGGUCAGCGCUGAGCUGCCUGAGAUCCAGAGGGCGAAGAGGGCCUCCCAGCUGGCCAGCCAGAAAGAGUACCGUAAGGACAUGGAAACAGAGAUCGUAGGGAAGGGCAUGGACGUGAGCGCAGAUGUGCUGGAGAUACAAAGAGCCAAGAAAGCCACAGAGAUCACCAGCCAGGCCUCCUAUAAACAGCUGUCACAGCUCAGGGAGAAUUCAUAUGGCACGGUUACAGACACUCCUGAGCUUCUCCACGCCGCUUACCUGAAGGAUGUGUAUAGCCAGAAAAAAUACAAGGACGAAGCGGAGAAGCUGAAGGGCACAUACGCAGUGGUGUCAGACACACCGGAGAUGGAGAGAGUGAGGAACAGCCAGAGGAACGUCAGCUCGUUACGAUACACAUGGGACUCCAAGCUGCUCAGGGGUUUGAUGUCCUCUGUCACUGAAACUCCUGAGAUCAUCCUCGCCAGGGAGAACACUAAGAAAUUCAGCGAUGUGCAGUACAGGGAAGAGGUGGGCAGAGGGACUGCUGUGAAGUACACCCCUGAGAUGGAGAGGGUCCGGAGGAAUCAGGAGAACAUCAGCACAGUGCAGUACAGGGAAGAGGUGGGCAGAGGGACUGCCCUGAAGGACACCCCUGAGAUGGAGAGGGUCCGGAAGAACCAGGAGAACAUCAGCACAGUACAGUACAGGGAAGAGGUGGGCAGAGGAACUGCCUUGAAGGACACCCCUGAGAUGGAGAGGGUCCGGAAGAACCAGGAGAACAUCAGCACAGUGCAGUACAGGGAAGAGGUGGGCAGAGGGACUGCCCUGAAGGACACCCCUGAGAUGGAGAGGGUCCGGAGGAACCAGGAGAACAUCAGCACAGUGAAGUAUAAGAAACAGCUGGGCCAAGCCACCGCCGUUGGCGUUACUCCAGAGAUGGAGAGAGUCCGUCAGAACCAGGAGAACAUCAGCUCGGUGAAGUACCAGCGUGGGUUGCUGGAGAUGAAGGGCCGGGCUUUGUCAGCGGUGGACACGCCCGAGUUGAGGCGUGUUAGGAAGUCGCAGAGCAGCAUCUCCAUGGCGAAAUACCAUGCGGACUUUGAGCGGACAAAGGGCCGAGGGUUCACCCCAGUGGCCGACGACCCCACCUUGGAGCGAGUCCGGCGGAACAACCAGGUGAUCAGCGACGCGGCGUACAAGGGGGUGCACCCGCAAGUGGUGAUGAUGGACCCGAGACCAGGCAUCAUGAUGGCCCCCGUGCUGCCUGGAGCAUACCACCAGGGUGUGCACCAGCCGGGGUAUGGCUACAUGCACCAGACCAGCAUGUCGUCUGGAAGAUCUGUGCAGUCCCCCCCUCAUUCCGCCACCGUGGAAAGAACAUACCGGGCGCUGUAUGACUACGCGGCACAGGACCAUGAUGAGGUGUCCUUCCGGGACGGUGACGUCAUCAUCAACGCGCAGCCCAUCGAUGAGGGCUGGAUGUUCGGAACGGUGCAGAGGACAGGAAAGACCGGCAUGCUUCCCGCCAACUAUGUGGAGAGCUUAAACUAACUGUAGACCUGCACCUUACCCCAAGGGGACCUCAGCCCAGGUCCUGGAGGGCAUUUAGCAGGGCCUCUUUAAAUCAGUACAUCUCAACACCAGGAAGCCUAGUUCAGUUUUGCCCUGUGGCUACAACAAUUGUGGGCUAAUAAUCCUUGUUCUUCAGAGCCACAGGUCAACAAUGGAUUAUGUCUUCAAUGGCCUUAUAAAUUGAACACAUAGUCAUGCACACAAAUUUUUCCAGCAAGUUCCUCCAAGUAAGCACAUGUAUUAUUUUCUGAUGUUAAAAGAGAGAGAUGGCAUGGUAGGACCAGGGUUGGUCAGUGACAGCUUGUAGAUACUGAUACUGCAAUCUUUCAUGAGUAUUGGGAGUUGGGAGAGAGGUUUUCCCAAUUUUAUUUUGCAACAGUUUUCAUUUGAAAUUUAACUAACCUUUUAUUUCAUUUUUUUACAAAAUGUGAGAGAAGCAUGGAGGAGAGAGUGACCUUUUUAGUACUAUCUUGCAAAAUAAUAUAGUACUGUAGCUGUUUUUAUUUAUUAUCUCUAUAACACGCUGCUUUUUUUGGUAAACCUGCUCCACACAAGUAAUGUUGUUUGGCCUGGUAGUCAAUGUAAACCCUUGCUGUGGGUUUAUUUUCUGACCUGCAUUACGAUUUCUGCUAAGCUAAAAUAUUGGGUUUUAAUAAUGGAUCACUGGUGAAACUAAAACUCACUUUCAUUAGCAUUAAGUGGCAAAUAUACACUCAGUGAGCACUUUAUUUGGUAUUUAUUCGACUUAAUAAGUCUUCCACUGCUGUAGCCUAUCCACUUAGAGGUUUGAUGCGUUGUGUGUUCAAAGAUGCUCUUCUGCAUACCACUGUUGUAAUGACAACAUUAACAACAUGUUUCUGCCACAAAACUGCUGCUCACUGGAUGUUUUUUGUUUUUCGCACCAUUCUCUGCAAACUCUAGAGACUGUUGUCUAUAAAAAUCCCAGAUCAGCAGUUUCUGAGAUACUCAAACCACCCUGUCUGGCACCAACAAUAAUUCCACGGUCAAAGUCACUUGGAUCACGUUUCUUCCCCAUUCUGAUUGGUCUGAAAAAAAGUUGAACCUCUUGACCACAUCUGCAUGCUUUUAUGCAUUUAGUUGCUGCCACAUGAUUGGCUGAUUAAGUAUUUGCAUUAACAAGCUGGUGUGCAGGUCUGCCUAAUAAAGUGUUCACUGAGUGUAAUACCCUUUCUUUUCAAAUGUUAUGGGGUUAAGUUUUGGGCUUUCAUGUUUUUGUAUUUCUUCAGUACAGUAACUUGGCUUCCCACAUUGGUUUUGUGAUGGAAAUAAUGUAUGAAUCUGUAAGGAUGCAAAACAGCCUCAAAUAUAUGGCAAUAUUGUUUGCUUUAAUCAGAGGUGGAAAGUUCUCGGGACAGAUAUAAAGGUCCUGCCAUGUGUUUCAUCCAUCCAUCAGCCAGGAGAUUUCAGUCAUUUGUGGCCUUGAAGGGUUCUAUCUGCGUUCUGACUGGUUUUGAGAUCCAAGUAGAUAUAACCUUUUAAAUUUAGCAUUUCUUCAUACUUUUAAAACUCCACACUUGCAGUAAAUUUAGUGCCCUAUAAACAACAUAUUUAUUACAUUUACAUUUUACAUUUUUGUCAUUUGGCAGACGCUUUUAAUCCAAAGCGACUUACAAGUGCAUAGGUUCUACCAUAAGUCAAAGCAUCACAUCCAGAACGAGGAAAAUACACCUGGAAUGCUGUUCUAAACAUAGUCAUAAUCAUAAGUGCAAAUUUCUUUUUUUUUUUUUUUUAUUAGACAAGGAUAGGGAUAUCAGAAAGGAGGGGCGGGGGAAAUCAGGAGGGAGGACUAAGGUAGAGUUUGAAAAGGUGGGUUUUGAGUCUGCAUCGAAAUAGGGGGAGGGAUUCUGCUGUCCUGACAGUGGUAGGCAAGUCAUUCCACCACUGAGGAACCAGAACGGAAAACAGGCGUGAACGUGCAGCUUGACCGCCAGGUGCAUGUAGAGAGGGAACCAUAAGGCGACCAGAGCUGGCAGACCGGAGUGGUCUAGCUGGGGAGUAGGGAGUGAUCAAGGAUUGUAUGUAAGGUGGGGCAGUCCCCUUAGCAGCCUGAAAUGCCAACACUAGGGCCUUGAAACGGAUGCAUGCGGCAAUAGGAAGCCAGCGGAGGCCAAUGAGAAGCGGGGUGACAUGAGCCAACCUGGGCUGACUGGUGAUCAUGAUAUUUAUGAAAUUUUUCUCAAAAAUGUCAGUUAGAACCUUAUGAUUCUAUGGUCUCACAUUGGUUCCACCUUGUGGCUGAAAAAUUGUGCAAAUUAGCAAACUCAGGUGAUUAGAACAAAAUACUGGGAGGGACUUUUACUUUCUGAAUCAGGAUUGUCCACCUCUGGCCUUAAUCGAGGUUGCUGAGCAUUCUUAUUGAUGUAUGCCUGCAUAACAUAAAAAUGCUAAUGUAACAAAGUGUUGAAAAUAUGAUAAAAUAGUAAGUGAAGGCUUAAUUUAAUGGAGUAUAACACCACGUACAAAGUCCUGGGAAACACAAACAUGACUGCGGGUGGUAUAAGCGAAGAGACGCUCAUCAUUCAAAAACUCUUCAUCAAGCUAUAUUAUUUAGACAUAAGGUUUUGCAUACAAGGUUUAGCUCUGCUUAUUUUAUUUUUUUUCAUUCUGAAAUAGAGUUUUACCAUCAAAUUCACUUACAGUACAUAUUGCAUUUAAAAUUAAAACUAUGUGUCUCCGUUGCCAGAAUAUUUUAUUUCUUCCCUUGUUUCACAACCCUUAGAUACAGAUUUCUCUAGUCCACAAUACUUUCAUCUUGGGGUGAAAUAAAAAAAAGAUUGUUUAAACAGAGAUGAAUAUUUAUUUGUGAGAAUAACUGAAAGAACAGAAACAAUGACAUUUCAUAUUUACAAACCUUUUGACUUGACAUUUUGCUCUUUCUAGUCUAGAUGAAAAGAACUUGUAAACAAGUAUUCCCUCCCCCAGUGUUUAAACAUCAUCACUGAUAUUUUUUGUUUGAGCUGAUACUAGUGGAUCUCAAAUGUUGUCACCUAUUGUAAGCAGUUUGUUUUUGUUUUCUUAUUAUUUGCAGUGUGUCACGUGAGAAAAUAAACAGCUUUGUCAAUCCAUACUUCUGUUUCGUUAAUCAGUUGCAAAUUAUGUAAAUGUUGAACGAAGUCUUGGCCUUCUAGCUCACUGUAUCCUGAUGAAGGCAAUAUGUUGUGAAGAUCACUGAAAUAUAUUGCAAAGGAAAAAACAAGUGCCUACCUUAUAUUAUGUUACACACGUACACACUUUUCCGAAUAAAUUUAAUUUCUUGUU